CAGAAGAUAGAGGAAAAGAGAAGAGAAAUAACGCGGAGAGAAAGAGGACGUCGGUGACGUGCAGUGCAAUCUGUGUAAAGUAGACUCCGGGGACGCGACGGGGAGGCAGUUAGAACGUGACAUGACGAGAGAGUUAUAGAGGCCGAAGAACACGGACGAGAGGAAAAGGAAGAAGAGGAAAGAAGAAAAAAAAAAAGAAAACAGCGGGAGACAGACUUUCGUUAAGCUUCCGAAGUGGGAAUUGUUGCGUCAGCGCGUGAGAGACCGGUGAAGAUGUGGAACCGCGACUCCGACAAGGAGUAACCAUCGAGGUACAUGAAAGAAGGACAUGAACUACUCGCAAGGGAAGGGACGGCUUUAUCCGGCCUACAGUCUAAGUGGCAGCGAGGGUGAGGAUAACACCUCCAGUUUGCGUAGCCGCGCCUAUCCGCAAAACAAUCACCAGACCAACCAGUCGCAUCACAAUCAUUACAACACCGGUCACAAGCAGCGCGGAUAUCAACAGCAACAACAACAACAGCAGCAGCAGCAGCAGCAGCAGCAGCAGCAACAACAGCAGCAACAACAACAUCCGCUGUAUCAUAUGCCCGGCAGUGGUGCCGGUCUCAGUGAUACACCAACUUCCGGCAACGCGUCCGACGAAACACUCACCGACAGCGAUCUCAUCACCGUUGCUCGUGAUUCCGCGCUACUCGUUCAUAACGGGUGUUUGUUGGACAGUUCGGCACCGCGGGGACCGCCUGAUGUGCCACCCCGUAAUCCCGCAAUGAGUCGACUAAACGGAAGACUGCCAGGAAGUCACGCAGCGAGCGAUCACGAACGCGAUCCCGAUCUCGAGCCAUCCUGUCUCGUACGCACCCCAUCCGGUAACUUCUACAAUAUACCAAAGAUACCGAAGAAUGAAUACAACAACAAGAAUCAGUCCACAGGGAACAGUCCAAUAAAGGUGGAACUGCAGAACAACAUGGACAGAGUACCUUUACCUUACGGGCACGCCCCGUCGAUGAUCCCGAUGAGGAGACAAAGCAUCCGCUGUCAUUUCCGCAAGGGAAUCGAUUGGUGCAGCUGGAAACUAAUUGCCAUAGUAGUAAUUAUGCUCGCGCUCUGCUUGACCGCGGCAUUAACCUACGUCGCAGUGAACUGGUCGUAUCAAGGCACAAAGGCGUGCACGGUGCUGGUGGGCGAGAACAGCGAUGCCAAGCUGUCAUCGACCGAGGCGAACAAGACCGUGGUUCAGGUGACGUCGUCGCAGUCGAACAGCAGAACGCGGCAGCAAUCAUCGUCAGGAGGUAGUAUUAGCACGUCGGAUAGCAUGUUGCUAGAUGGUGUCGUGUACAGCCGCAAGCGUAGAGAUACGUUUAACGAGCAUGCGUUGCACCAAACUGUCUCAUCAUCACCAUCACCAUCAUCCCUUCAUGACCCCGAAGAGCUGCCCUUGACCCCGCUCGCUGAGACCGAGACCUCAGAGUCCGGGUCAAUCCCGUUGCAUGAGGAAUAUUCCGGUAAGAUUGUGCAUGAUCCUCUUGCGGAGCAUGCGGACAGCCAAGGUCCGGUGAAAGGAGAUGUCGAACAAUCGAUCGAAGUUGCUGCCACCGAAGUUGCUGUCGAAGACGUGUCGCCGGAAUCGAUGACUCCCUCGGGCCCAGUGUCGCUUGUUGUGAAUGUCUCUUCUAUCACUACCACUAUUACUAACUAUUCGCACGAUAGUUCGUCUCAUACCACUGUCGCUGUUGAUCACUUCGCCUCUUCGUCCUCUGUUUCUAUCAACUCUGAUCGCUCUUCCUCGUCAACUUUCGCUCGCGAAUCGUUUCGUAACGAGCAAUCCGGCGCGACCUCGCCCCGAAUUCCCAACGAAUCCGAGAACACUUCCGCGAAGUUCACGACGACGUUCGACGACGACGACGACGACGACGACGACGACGACGUCGGCGGCAGCGUCGGGACAGGACAGGAGAACGUUCGUGUCCCGAAACACGAUGACUCCGCGGAUUUCGAUCCCGAUAACGCGCGCACGUCGUCCGAAAGUUCGGACAUUGCCGAAAGCGGUUGUUGUCCCGAAGCCGCGACUUCUGCAUCCGGCGUGGAGAAACUUGGCGCAGAUAGCACCGACGACGACGAGGUGGGGGGCGGAAUCACGGAAAAUGACAGUAACGUUCUCGCCGCCAAUUACAGCGGUAAUGUAGAUGCCACUGAUAGCACCGUUGUAACAACAACUACAACAUCUUCGGAGGUGCGCUCGAAUGCGCCAACCGAGAAUCGACACGUAAGUAGUUCCGACGAAGUAGUUCCCGUAGAAUUAGACGCUAAAGUUUCGCCCGGUGCUAACGCAGAUAAGAAAGCGAGUCUGUUAUCGAGUAAGAACGAGAAGAACGUCCGGAAAUCCGAGGAAGAUGCGCUCCGAGGAGUCGCUAAAAAUCACGCGUUUGAAAAGAAAAUUGUUAAUUCGACGGAGACCGAGUCGGUCACUUCGGCGGAAAGUCGCGACGACGACACCUCGAGGACGGUGAACGCGACCGCGAAAAAAUCGGCCAAGUCCCAGAUGUCGGACAUCGUGAAAGAAACGCGGGAACUCUCGCGGGAACAUACGUCGUCCGAGACCGAAGCCUCGCCUAACAUCGUUAACGUUCCCGAGGAACAAUCCGAAGAGCUUCAACGAGAUUAUCCCGUGCCGAUUUACAAUUACGAACAAGACGAGGUGGAGAUCGUCGAUCUCCAUCGCAAGAAACAGCUAACUGUAAAAACCGAACGAGCUAAUUCACCCGACGAAAAAAUCUCCGACAACAACGUGGACGCCAACGUUUUUCGAGAACGAGAACGGAACAAGGACGAUAUACGCGUUAUCACGAGAGAAGGAGACGACGAGGAAUUCGUUCGCAAGUUCGAGGAGAAGUUUCACAAAUCGGCCGCCAAGGUCGAUGACGAAUCGAAAAGUUUCCCGUCAAUUAUUAAAACCGAUCAUAACUCAUCCCCAACGAACGCACCGCAUGAAAAAACGAUGCAUGAUUCCUCGGGCAAUGCCAGGUUUCCAUCUAACGCAGAUCAUCUGUCUAACUCGCCGAUGACCCAACGGGUGCAGAUUGUGGAGGUGCCUGUGUAUCGCGAUCAUUCGGACUCGUCAUCCUCAUCGUCUUCUUCAUUAUCGCAACAUCGGGUGCUUAUAAACGUGACAAUCGCCACCGAAGAUCGAUCAACCGCUUCCUCAAGGCCGCUCUAUGUCGUGUCGGUAUCCGUGCCGACGCAGGGUGACGCAAACGAUCGUUCGUCCGGCAUUAACAUUAAUCAGACGCAGGUGCACGAACGGCUUGCGGAGCCCGCAGCUAGCACGAAAAAAAUCCCUGCUAACAACAACGCGGACCCGAUAGAUGCGGUUGAUACGCGAUUACCGCCGCCGCCUCAGCCACCUGCCUCGCCACCAGCUCCACCGAUCUGGGCCGGCGGCGAGUGCGAAUGCUUCUGCCCGUGCAUGGGCAUGGAGGACUCGUCCUCGGACGAGUGGGACUUUCCGGUGAUCGACGACGACAACUUCGACGACGAGGAGCACGAGUUCGAAAACGUUAGCUCGUUGUUAGCGAAGACGUUGUUAGCAGAGAAAUCCCCAGAGUUGGGGGAAAGAUCAAUAGAUAAGGAGGGGAAGCGGGAUGAGAAAUCCGAAAAAGAUUCGGUAAGGACCGAAGCGACCGCGACCUCGACCAAAGACUAUUAUCCUUCGUCCACAGAUGACACCGUGGAGAAUAGCGAGUCAACCUCCGCGUCGUCGACUUACGAAUCGGAAGUAAGCACAACUAUUACGGGGGCUUGCUCGGGAACCACUCCGCUGCCCCCAGAGCCCACUAUACUGAUUCUGGAAGGCGCGCGAACCUUUCCGGCGAGGUCUUUCCCCCCUGACGGAACGACCUUCGCUCAGGUCGGUUUGGGACAGAAGCUGAGCAAGGAGAUACCGCCGUACGGCUACUGGAAUAUGCAGUUCUACCAAUCGGAGGCCGCCUACGUGCGGUUUGAUUACAGCAUCCCGCGCGGCGCCAGUAUCGGCGUGUACGGAAGAAGGAACGCGCUGCCCACGCACACGCAAUACGAUCUCCUGGAGGUUCUAAGCGGCUUCAAGGCACGGACCACCAGGGCGUCCCAUGUUAGUGUCAUUCCUUCGAUUAAAAAGGAGGUGACGCAAUACAUGGAACCGGGACACUGGUUUCUGUCGCUCUACAACGACGACGGCGAUCCCCACGAAGUCUCGUUUAUCGCUGUGAUCGCCGAGGAUAUGACGCACAAUUGUCCGAACGGUUGCAGCGGCAAAGGCGAAUGUCUCUUGGGACAUUGUCAGUGCAAUCCCGGUUUCGGUGGCGAAGACUGCAGCGAGAGCGUCUGUCCCGUUCUCUGCAGCCAAAAGGGCGAGUACAUAAACGGCGAGUGCCAAUGUAAUCCCGGCUGGAAGGGCAAGGAGUGUUCCCUGCGACACGACGAGUGCGAAGUGCCCGAUUGCAACGGGCACGGACACUGCACAAACGGCAAGUGCAACUGUGUGCGCGGUUACAAGGGCAAGUACUGCGAGGAAGUCGACUGUCCGCAUCCAACUUGUUCGGGCCACGGUUUCUGCGCCGAGGGCACGUGCAUCUGCAAAAAAGGUUGGAAAGGAGCCGACUGCAGUCAAAUGGACAAGGAAGCGCUGCAGUGCCUGCCGGACUGCAGCGGUCACGGAACCUUCGAUCUCGAGACCCAGACCUGCCUCUGCGAGCCCAUGUGGUCCGGCGACGAUUGCUCGAAAGAACUGUGCGAUCUUGAUUGCGGUCCACACGGACACUGCGUGGACAACGCCUGCGACUGCGUGCCUGGCUGGUCCGGCGAGUUGUGCAAUCUGAAGCAAUGCGAUCCCCGCUGCAACGAGCACGGACAAUGCAAGAAUGGCACGUGUCUAUGCGUCACAGGAUGGAACGGAAAACACUGCACGAUGGAGGGAUGUCCGAAUUCCUGUUCCGGUCAUGGACAGUGCAGGGUGUCGAACGACGCGCAGUGGGAGUGUCAAUGUUACGACGGCUGGGACGGCAAGGACUGCAGCGUGCUUCUGGAACAGAAUUGCAAUGACGCACGGGACAACGAUAAGGAUGGUCUCAUUGAUUGCGCGGAUCCGGAAUGUUGCUCCAAUCACGUAUGCCGCACCAGUCAGUUGUGCGUCUCGGCGCCUAAACCAAUCGAUAUAUUGUUGCGGAAACAACCGCCGGCCAUCACCGCUUCCUUCUUCGAGAGAAUGAAAUUCUUGAUUGACGAGGGCAGUUUGCAGAACUACGCUCGUCAGGAGACUUUCAACGAGAGCCGAUCGGCGGUCAUACGUGGUCGUGUCGUCACGCACCUCGGCACAGGACUGAUGGGCGUGCGAGUCAGCACAAGCACGCCACUGGAAGGCUUCACUCUCACAAGGGACGACGGCUGGUUCGAUCUUUUGGUGAACGGCGGUGGCGCCGUGACUCUGCAGUUCGGCAGAUCACCUUUCAAACCGCAGAGCCAUAUCGUCUUCGUGCCUUGGAACGAGGUCGUCAUAAUCGACAAGAUCGUCAUGAGCACAGCCGAGGAGAAGACACCGAUACACGUCCCGCACGCGUGUGCGGCUCACGAUUACGAUAUCAUGAAGCCGGUUGUUCUCGCGACCUGGAAGCACGGUUUUCAGGGAGCUUGUCCGGACAAGAGCGCGAUUUUGGCCGAGUCCCAGGUCAUACAGGAAAGCUUUCAGAUACCCGGAACCGGCUUGAAUUUGGUGUAUCACAGUUCCAGAGCGGCCGGUUAUCUCUCCACCAUACAAUUACAACUGACUCCCGAAGUUAUACCGGCGACCUUGAAUCUCAUACACCUGAGAAUCACGAUCGAGGGUAUACUAUUCGAGAAGACCUUUGAAGCUGAUCCCGUGAUCAAGUUCACGUACGCGUGGAAUCGUUUGAACGUUUAUCGCCAACGCGUUUACGGAGUCACGACCGCGAUGGUGAAAGUUGGCUAUGAAUACAGCGAUUGUAAGGACAUUAUCUGGGACGUGCAGACAACUAAGUUGAGCGGCCACGACAUGUCUAUUUCGGAAGUCGGGGGUUGGAAUCUCGAUAUUCAUCACAGAUACAACUUCCACGAAGGUAUCUUGCAGAAAGGAGACGGGUCGAAUAUUUAUCUGAAGCACAAACCGCGUGUUAUUCUCACCACCAUGGGAGACGGUCAUCAGAGACCGUUGGAUUGUUACGAUUGCGACGGACAAGCCUCCAAACAACGUUUGUUGGCGCCCGUUGCUCUGGCCACUGCCGCGGAUGGAUCUAUCUUCGUCGGUGAUUUCAACCUAGUCAGAAAAAUCCUCGUCGAUGGAACGGUCAGAACUGUGGUUCGACUAAACGCAACGAGAGUGUCGUAUCGUUAUCACAUCGCUCUGAGUCCUCUGGAUGGCGUUCUCUACAUAUCGGAUCCGGAAUCUCACCAGAUCAUCCGCGUUCGCGACACCAAUGAUUACACAGAUCCCGACCACAAUUGGGAGACGGUGGUGGGCUCCGGAGAGCGUUGUCUGCCCGGCGACGAAGCUCACUGUGGAGACGGUGCGCUCGCGCGUGACGCCAAACUUGCUUAUCCCAAAGGCGUUGCCGUUUCCGCGGACAAUGUUCUAUACUUCGCUGACGGCACGAAUAUCCGAAUGGUCGACAGGGACGGCAUUAUAACCACCGUGAUCGGCAAUCAUAUGCACAAAUCGCAUUGGAAACCGAUACCUUGCGAAGGCACAUUGAACGUCGAGGAAGUUCAUCUGCGCUGGCCGACCGAACUGGCGAUCAAUCCACUGGACAACUCUCUACACAUGAUCGACGACCACAUGGUCUUGCAGUUGGCGCCGGACGGUCGCGUUAAGGUUGUCGCUGGUCGUCCACUUCACUGCGCUUCACCGUCUGCCUCGUUCGACACAGAACUGGCCACUCACGCCACUCUCGUGAUGCCGCAGAGCAUCGCGUUCGGUCCAUCGGGCGAUCUCUACAUCGCCGAGAGCGACUCGCAGAGAAUCAACCGCGUUCGCGUAAUCGGCACCGACGGUAAGAUAUCGCCGUACGCCGGUGCCGAGUCCAAAUGCAACUGCCUGGAGCGCGGAUGCGAUUGUUUCGAAGCCGAUCAUUAUCUAGCGUCGACUUCCAAGUUCAACACCAUAUCUGCCGUGGCGGUUUCCCCCGACGGAGUCGUGCACAUUGGCGACCAAGCGAAUUAUCGUAUUCGUUCGGUGACAGCGAGUAUCCCCGACGCAAGCGGCGCGAGAGAAUACGAGAUCUACGCACCCGACACGCAGGAGAUCUACGUGUUCAACCGAUUCGGUCAGCACAUCGCCACGAAGAACAUACUGACUGGUGAGACCGUGUAUCUGUUCACGUACAACGUCAACACUAGCAACGGCAAGCUCAGCACGGUGACAGACGCGGCCGGCAACAAAGUCUUCUUGUUGAGAGACUACAGCAGCCAAGUUAACUCGAUCGAGAACACGAAGGGACAAAAGUGCAGACUGCGAAUGUCCAGAAUGAAGAUGCUACACGAGCUGACCACGCCCGAUAAUUACAACGUCACCUUUGAUUAUCACGGACCCACAGGAUUACUGAAGACAAAGCUCGAUAGUACCGGUCGUAGUUAUGUAUACAAUUAUGACGAAUUUGGCAGAUUGACUAGUGCGGUAACUCCUACCGGUAAAGUGAUCAGCUUGACGUUUGAUCUCAGUUUGAAAGGCGCCGUGGUGAAAGUCGGACAGAACAACAGAAAACCCAUUUCGAUGCUGAUCAAAGGCUCGUCCGUCGUCACGAAAGUUGGCGAGGCCGAGCAAAGAACGACGGUCCUCGCCGACGGUUCGGUGGGAAGAGUAACACCGUGGGCUCACACAGUCAGCACCGAUACCAUGCCGUAUACGAUUCUAGGAGAGCUCGAACCUUUGCUAGGUGAGAGCUACCCCGUGCCAGCUAAGCAGAGAACAGAAAUUGCCGGAGAUCUGGCUAACCGUUUCGAGUGGCGAUACUUCCUUCGAAAGGUUCAAGGAAACAAGAAUCGCGGCAACUCGAAGGCAAUCGCUCAAGUUGGCAGAAAACUCCGAGUGAACGGUGAGAUUCUGUUGUCGCUCGAAUACGACAGAGAGUCGAACACUGUGGCCGUGUUUAUGGACGAUCGAGUGGAAUUGCUGAACGUCACCUACGAUAGAACAGCGAGACCUGUGAAGUGGAGUCCACGAAACGGUAUCUUCGCCGGCGUCGAAUUGGAAUACGAUCGAUUCAGCAGACUGACGAGCUGGACGUGGGGUGAUCUCAGCGAGACGUACGGAUUUGACAGAGCGGCCCGAUUGUACGAAAUCAAAUACAGCGACGGCACGUCUAUGGUGUACGGCUUCAAAGAUAUGUUCAGCAGUCUGCCGCUAAAGGUCACCACGCCUCGCGGAAGCGAUUAUCUUCUUCAGUACGAUGAAGCGGGAGCGUUGCAGUCACUGACCACACCGCGGGGACACAUACAUACAUUCUCUCUUCAAACAUCACUCGGAUUCUACAAGUAUCAGUACUACUCGCCGAUGAACAGACAUCCGUACGAGAUUCUUUAUAACGAUGACGGUCAAAUUCUUGCCAAAGUGUAUCCUCAUCAGAGUGGAAAGGUCGCUUAUGUCUAUGACCACGCUGGAAAACUGGAAACCACACUCGCAGGUCUUUCCUCAAUACAUUACACCUAUCAAGAAACGACCAGUCUGGUGCGCAGUAUCGACAUCAAUGAGCCGAACUUCGAGAUGCGCAUCGAGUACAAAUAUCACGCCGGUAUUGUGAAAGAUGAGAAGAUCAAGUUCGGCAGCAAGAGCGGAAUGGAUAACGCUCAUUAUCGUUACCAGUAUGACGGUAACGCGCGAAUAUCCGGUAUCGAGGUUGACAUAAAUGGCAAACAACUUCCUCAGCUUCGUCUCAAGUACAAUCAGAAUCUCGGCAUGUUGGAAGGCGUUGGCGAUCUCAGAAUAUACAGGAAUCUCUUCAACAGAUCUGUCAUGCAGGAUAGCAGCAAGCAAUUCUUCACGUACACGGAUUACGACGAUCACGGUCGCAUCAAAACUGUGAUGAUGAAUAUCAGACAGUUGGACGUGUUCCGCAUGGAACUCGAAUACGACAAUCGCAAUCGGAUUAAGAUGAGAAAACUGAUGAUCGGAAAGGACACGCUGGAGAAGAAGGAUUCGUCGAGAAUCGAGAAGAUCACGUAUAACGCGGACGGUCACGUGCUCGAGGUGGCGGACACCGAAAACAACUGGCAGUACGCGUACGACGAGAACGGCAACGUGAUCGGCGUGACCGAACACAACGAGAAGAUCGUUCUCGGUUAUGACAGCGGCGAUCGUGUGGUUCAGUACGGUGAUGUUGAAUUCAACUCGUAUGACGGACGUGGCUUCGUUGUGAUUCGCGGAGAACACAAGUACAGAUACAACUCCCGCGGUCAGUUAAUUCACGCGUCCGAGCACAAGAAAUUCCAGAUCUGGUAUUACUACGACGAUCGCGGCAGACUGGUGUCGAUGAACGACGAUCGGGAAAACAUCACUCAGUUCUUCUACGCGAAUCCGAAAACGCCGGAUCUGAUAACGCAUGUUCAUUUCCCGAAAUCGUCCAAGACGUUCCGAUUUCUUUACGACUCGCGCGACUUUCUCAUAACUGUGGAAACGUCCGAGCAACGGUUCUACGUCGCGACAGAUCAAAACGGCUCGCCGUUCGCUCUGUUCGAUACCAACGGUAAUCUCAUCAAGGAGAUGCGACGCACGCCAUUCGGUAGAAUCAUCAAAGACACCAAUCCAGAUUUUUAUCUGCCAAUUGAUUUCCACGGCGGUCUCUUUGAUCCUAACACCAAGUUGAUUUAUCUGAACAAGAGACUUUACGAUCCGACCGUUGGUCAAUGGAUGACACCGGCCUGGGAGCAAAUGGCCAACGAACUCACGACGCCGACUGACAUAUUUAUCUAUCGCUUCCGCAACAACGAUCCGAUCAAUUACAAGCAGAACGUCGAAUACAUGACCGAUCUGGCGAGUUGGUUGAAGCUUUAUGGUUACGACAUCUCGGCCAUGCUCGGCUCCGAGUAUACGAAACAGAUGGUGUAUCAGCCGAGCGCCGUGGUUACGUCUCCGCAACUGACUCCUGACUUCGGUGUGAUGUCCGGUCUGCAGUGCAUCGUGAAUCGGGUGCAAGAGAAGUUCUCCGACUUGGGCUUCGUGCCGAAGCCGUUGUUGAAGUUGGAACCGAAGACGAGAAACUUACUGCCACGAGUAGCUCAUAGACGAGCGGUCUUUGGCGAAGGUAUUCUAGUGUCGCGCGUAGGCGGACGAGCCUUGGUGAGCGUGGUGGACGGUGAAAACAGCGUGGUACAGGACGUGGUUACGUCGGUGUUCAACAAUUCGUACUUCCUGCCGCUCCACUUCAGCGUGCACGAUCAGGACGUUUUCUACUUUGUCAAGGAUAACGCGCUCAAGAUCCGCGACGACAUGGAGGAGCUCCAUCGGCUCGGCGGCAUGUUCAAUGUGUCCACGCACGAGACGACGGAGCACGGCGCGGGCACGUGGAAGGAGCUGCGACUGCACAAUUCCGACGCGGCUGUUGUGAUCAAAUACGGAGCUGAUCCCGAACAGGAACGGCACCGGAUUCUGAAGCACGCGCACAAACGCGCCGUCGAGAGAGCUUGGGAGAUCGAGAAACAGCUGGUGAUGGCCGGUUUCCAAGGCAGAGGAGACUGGUCGAAGGAAGAGAAGGACGAGCUCAUCAGCCGCGGCACCGUCGACGGCUACGAAGGCGUGGAUAUCCACAGCGUGCACAGGUAUCCCCAGCUCGCCGACGAUCCCGGCAACGUCGCGUUCACCCGCGACACCAAGAGGAAGAGACGGAAGAGCGGAACCAGGCGCAGCAGGACUCACAGACACGAUUCGUGAUUCGAGAACGUCGCUACGCGAGUUCGAAGUAACGCUUGGAACCCGAUUCGGGCGUAAAUCCGAAAUCCGCGAGUUCAGAGGGGAGGAGGGGGGAACGAGAGAGGAAGAGAACGCGGCGUGAUUGGGGAGGGAAAGAUGAUGGACGGUUUUGGCUGCCACAGACUGCGAUUUUUCGCGCGACUCGCUUUUUGAGAAAAAAAAGUCGCGCGGCUGUGACGUCGUCGCUCUUUUCUUUUCUCGAUCCUACUCUCGGUCUCUUCUCCCCGCGUUCAUCGUCGUCGAAAACUCGGUCGACGCGAAUGAGAUCUAAACCACGGACGCGCGUGUCCGGUGCAAACCCGUUUCUCGUGCCAUAAGUGCGCGCCUUCAUGCGCGAUAUAUCGCGACGUUACAGAUCACGAUCAGGAGUCGAAUAUGUGCGAAAACGACGGGGAAUGAGAAGAACGGAUCGCGAAGUGUCAAAAUUAAGCUAGUCGCAUUAUUAACGAAAUGAAUAUUAAAGCUUGUUACGUGGUGAUUAGUUUAUAGACGAGAUAAAUCAUGUGACGGAAAGAGAGAGAGAGAGAGAGAGAGGGAGAGAGAAAUGAUGAGAAAGACCGGAUAGAGGAGAGUCGGCGCUUAGAGGUGCGAAAAGACGAGGAGUGCGUGCGUGAACUUACAAAGGUGCCGUCCGCGACAAAAUCCGCUAGUGUUUUUGCGAGAAAAGGAUAGGAAAGAAGAAGAGAGAGAGAGAGAGUGAGAGAGAGAUCGUAUGUCUCGGACUUACGUCGGUCGAAUUCGAGCUGGUGUUUACUCACGCCAACCACAGGGUCUAAACGAGACACGCACACACGCGGAAGCGUGUGAAACACCUCGGCGCGUUGAAAUUAGAGAAUGUGUGUGAAAGAAGAUAAUUUUCGAUAUAUGUAUUAAAAAAAAAAAAGAAAUAUACUCCAAGGGAUUCUGAACGCCAGAAUUUUUCUGGAAUUUUAGAAUAAUACUCACCUUUGCAUUUCGAAUCGCUACGCUUUCGUCCGAGGAUGGGGAUGAUACGGUUUUUUUUUUUUUUUUUUUGUUUUUUUUUCGACACAGGUGUCCGUGGAUCGUCUCCGUGGAUCGCGUCGCGAGAUAACCGUGGAAAAACGCGAGAGAAAGGGAGAAAGGGAGAGAAAAAGAAACAAAACGUGUGUGUACGGUAGAGAGAACAGAUAUACAGCAGAUAUUUUUAACAUGGCGUAAAAAUCGGUGUACUAGAUGCGAGACGAGCAAAUGUACAUAUAAGCUACUGAAACUUAAUGGUAUAAGUGUAGAUAAAAAUUAUAUCGUAUAUAAAAACGUACAUAUAUAUAAAUAUUAUAUAUGACAUGAGAAAGAUUACGGUCGUAAAAAACUCAAGUGGGGAGAACUGUCGAUACCGCUUUUUUAUAUGUAAUAAAAAAAAAAAAAAAACAAGGGAGUAAAACGAACACGCAUUUUAGAGAAUGAAGGAGAAAGAGAGAAAGAGCUCUAGUAGAAUACUUCACUCACGUCCCCCGAGAUGUACGCGAUUACGUAAAAAUAAUUUGCUACGGGGAAAGUCGCGCGAAGUUAUCGGACGCGUCACGAUUUUCUUUUUCUUUUUUUUUUUUUUUUUUUAUAGAAAUGUAAGAAAUUGCGGAGAGAAAAGAGAUAGUGAGAUUUUCGCGCAAAAGAGGACGCGCGAAACGGAUAGUUCACGUUAAUCUCGACCCAGGCCUACGAAUAAUUUAAAUAUUCACAUACCCACUCAAUGUAUACACACACACAUACACACACACACACACACAUAACUUACCACACACUAUCGCUUUAAAAUCAUCGGUCAGAUGCAUUAUCGCACGAAAAUCUCGAAACAAAACAAUUCGCGCCGGCACGUGCAAAAACGCGUAAUUGAAUAUUACCGAGCCAAGUGGCAUUUAAAAUUCAAAAUCUGUCAAAUCUGAAAAAUAUCUAUAUAGAAUUUGAGUACUAUUAUUUCAUGAUUGUGAAAGAGGAUAAUAAAAUUAAAUGAAAACAAAUAACUUGGUUGGAAAUUUUCAAAAUAAAUAUGAUGUGACAUUUGCUUUUGAUUAAAAACAUAACUGAAUUGAAUUUUAUUUGCAAUUGUAAUAGAAACUAAUUGAAACCGAUAGUUAUAAAUUUUUUUUUUUGUUGCGACGUUGUAUACAAGUUUUUGUUUAUUUUCCUUAACUUUUAUUUGAGUUCGACCGAACUGUAUGGGGAUUUUAGAUUUGACGCAUCUUGAUCGCGGGUAUAUACGAAGCUGCAAGCGAAUUCUAUCUUGUGGUAGACAACGUAGAGAUUACAUGUAAAUAGUCAUCGGCAUCACGUGUGAACGAGAAUGGAAAACUUGUUUACGCGCGACGUGACACGAUCACGUGAUGAAAUAAAUAAAUAAAUAAAUAAAUAAAUAACACGGCCCGACGUGUGUGUGACGACGAGCGACACGGUCGUAACGGGACGCGUCGAAGUAAUAAUGUCCAGAAGAAAAAUAAUAAUAUAAUCUAAUAAAACACUAAAGAUAAGUAAUAAGAAUAAUAAAUAUAGUAAUAAUAAAAUAAAGUAACGGAAAAGAAAAAAAACGAUAAUAUUACCAUUGUACGAAAAAAUACCCCGCCUAUCUUUCUACUAAAAAGGAAAAAUUAUUUUUUGAAUUGUGUCGUCGAAGAAGUCCUAUGUAACCGUGUGUAUGUGGGAUCGCCCCGUGAAAAAAGAACCUCACCCCCGCGCUCCACCGAAAAAGAACGUCCCUUAGAGAAUAGACGGAUCAAUAAGAAUCGACGUGGAGAGAUUCGCGCUGGAGCUAGUUCUCGGUUGUAAUUUUCCGAUCCUCCGAAAUCGAAGAUCACAAUUUUUGCAUUCGAUCGAAAGAUUAUUUGCUCUCAUAUCGGAAUUUAGUUGAUUAUUUUAUCGCACCGUUUUGUCGAACCGAACUCACUGUGUGUCCAAAAACUAAAAUUUUAAAUUGAAUCAAUUUUGCAGAUCGAGACAAGCGCACGUAAUUUCGUCGAAAAAAAAACAAAAAAAAAAACGAGUUUUCUUCGGUUCGUUUUAAUUCGUCUACUUUUUACAGGGAAGCGUACUUGAAACCCCUCCUCUCUGUAACUGAUAUAGCUGAACUUGUCGGUGUUUAUCAAUAUUGGAUACAUAAGGAAAAAAAGUAAAAAAAAACGUAGAUCGAAGUCUGUGGUUCGGAAUGAAAUAACCGACUAAAUAGAAAGUAAAGACGCAAAAAAAAAAAAAUAAAUAAAAUAAAAUAAAACGAAUAUAACGCAUAACAUAUAUAAAAUAGGGGUAAAACACGGUGAGCCAACGUGCGAGCCCACGCAGCUCCACCACGUUGUGUUCCACGUAGGCGAUAUAUUAUAUAUAUAUAUUUAUAUAUAUAUAUAUAUAUAUACAUAAAAAAUACAUAAUCAUAUAUAACUACAAACGUACGUACUAGUUGACGAGUUAACGUGGGGUUGUUUAGCAAAACCGGUUAAGAAAGUGUGCUAGUGAGAACCUUAACAUCGCUGUACAUAUCUGUUAUGUAUAGCCGAGAAACAAAAAAAAACAAAAAAAAAAAAACAAAAAAAACAAGAAACACGCCACUGUCCCUCGAAAGUAGUCUUCACAUCCUCGCAUAAAACAAAUUUUCUACCACGAAAUUAUAGAGAAUUUUAGCAGCGAGAUGUCAUUGUGAUUUACGUACAUAUAUCUAUAACUGUCACAUAAUAAUACACAUCAUAUAUUUUUAUUCACAUGAAUCUUUUUUUAAUCAAAAUUACACAAACCUUAGAGUAUAUAUACGACGAUAAUGUGUUAGCAAAACGUUUAAAAACCAGAUAUGUCAAAAUGGGUCAUGUGAAACGCGAUGACGGGAGUGACUUUUUUAUUUAUCUUUACUUCUCACCCGAUUUUUACACACAGACGAGCCGCUAGGAUUCCUAUUACAUUUCGCUCUGAAAUAUUUCGUCUGAAUUUUUUUUUGUACAGGUAAAUUUUUUUCGCGUGCGUUAUGUAAAUGUCUUCUUCUUUGGAAGGGAGCCCCCGAGGUCGCGGGCCAGGCAUAUCGAUCUGUGAUUCCUUCAAACAUGACGAACCACGCAGAGAGAAGGAGAGGAGAAAAAAUUUUUUUAUAUACUAACCCUCGUAUAUACAAACGGAACCAGAUCUUGGAUGCGGAAAAUUGCUCCAGCCAAUAAAAGAGCCUCGGACUCGGUUUUAAAUAAACCACGAGAACGCGUCUUGCAUUUUAGGUCUGUGAAAAUUAAAAACUCCGCACAGCACAGUUUUUCUUUAACGUGUAUCUCUGUAAUCGCAAGCAAAUAAUUUUUACGUCAUUUUGCAUACAUUUGACAUGUAUACGUUAGAUUAAUUGAUACUCGCGACAAAAUGAUGAAAAUUAUUUGCCCGAAAUUGAAGGGGGCAAAGCGGUAAAAGUCGUUCGGGAUAAUUAAAUAAUAUUUUGUUCGAAUAAAUAAUUCGAACUGAUUUAUUAAUUUACGAUCGAAAAAAUAUUGAUUUCAGAGAGUGCAUUUUCGUUAUGAGAAAUUGAGUUCAAGACUAUAUCAAAGUAGAGCAUUUGCGUGCGCCGUGAUUUUUUUCAAUCUCAAAACCUCAUUACUCGACGCAAUCCGGUUUUGUUAAUUCGAAACCAAUUCUCUCAACUUAAGCCAAUUAAUUUUAACGAGAUAAAUUUUCUCUCUGCAGUGAGAUAUAAAUGUAUAUAUAUAUUUUUUUUUUCCCCCUCAAAUACCGCCUCGGGCGUAUACCCGCAUCCCUUCGACGUUGCGUUCUCAACGAUCUUUUCGAUUCUCCACGAGAGAGGGGAUUAGAGCCCCUUGUAAGCGCUUGUUACUGAGUUGUCUAUUUAACACGUCGUUAUGCGACACGCGUGCAUUGUAGUUCGUAGAGGCCGCUCAGCAUGCGGCAGCUUUCUUCCCGAUGCCUCGCGAAAGAAGCGCGGGAGAUCCGGUCGAGGGCUGCAAGCGAUUUUCUAUGUGUACUCGUCUACUUGCAAAACGAUACGUAAAAAAAAAAAAAAAAAACGGGAGAGAGAAAAAGAAACAGAAAAAAAAAAGUCCUGUACUCGAAUAACUUUACGCUUAGCGCAUGUUUCCUUCGAGCGCAAGAGCCGUUGCUGAAUUCUCUCUCGGUGUGUUACUUUCUAUUCUGUGUAGCUUCGUAGAGCGAAUAAACCGAUAAAUUAAAAAAAAAAUAUAUAUAUAUAUAUAUAAAAGAGAAUCGAAUACAUAAAUUAUAUAAAUUUAUACGAAAUUCAAACAUCGGUAUGAGAUGUAAAAUCGCGUAAAUAAAUUUUAUACGACAGAAAAUCAUUUUGCAAGUUCUAAAAAAAAAAAAAAAAAAUUAUCCUCGAGAAAAUCGAGAGAAAGACGAAACAUGGAAUUCCCAGCAGCACGGCUCGUCGCGUAGGAAGGUGCAAAAUUUACUAUUGUUACGCCGGAUCGCGGUCGCCGAGCGCGAUCGACACGCGAUUUAAGAAAAAAAA